CAUCUGUUUGAUGACGUAGGGAAGCCGCGCCGGAAGUGCCUGUUGGCUCGCGGCCUUGCCCCGCUUGAUGAAGUUGUGAGCCGCACCGGAGGAGGAGGGUUUCUGGUAAGAUGGCGAACCGGACGGUGAAAGACGCGCACAGCGUUCACGGCACCAACCCGCAGUAUCUGGUGGAGAAAAUCAUCCGCACUCGGAUCUAUGAGUCCAAAUACUGGAAGGAGGAGUGCUUCGGGCUCACCGCUGAGCUGGUGGUAGAUAAAGCAAUGGAGCUGAAAUUUGUCGGAGGGGUUUUUGGAGGAAACAUCAAGCCAACUCCUUUCCUGUGUCUGACCCUGAAGAUGCUCCAAAUCCAGCCAGAAAAAGACAUUAUUGUGGAGUUUAUAAAGAAUGAAGAUUUCAAGUAUGUACGUGCAUUGGGAGCUCUGUAUAUGCGCCUGACCGGCACUGCUAGUGACUGCUACAAAUAUUUAGAGCCAUUGUAUAACGACUAUCGUAAAGUCAAAACACAAAACCGGGAUGGAGACUUCGAACUAAUGCAUGUCGAUGAAUUCAUCGACGAGCUCCUGCACAGUGAACGUGUAUGUGAUAUCAUAUUACCACGAUUACAGAAACGUUAUGUUCUGGAGGAGACUGAACAGCUUGAUCCGCGGGUGAGUGCAUUGGAGGAAGACAUGGAUGAUGUGGAGUCCAGUGAUGAUGAAGAAGAAGAUGAUGAUAAGGGGAGAGAACCUUCUCCAGAGCAUCACAGAAGAAGCUACAGAGACGUGGACCGGCCACGUAGAUCACCUUCUCCACGCUACAGAAGAAGCCGCAGUCGCUCACCUAGGAGACGCAGUCGCUCCCCUAAAAGGAGGAGCCCUUCUCCUCCUCGGCGCGAAAGACACCGAAGUAAAAGUCCAAGGAGACACCGCAGUAGGUCCAGAGAGAGACGCCACCGAUCCAAAUCUAAAUCUCCAGGACAUCAUCGAAGUCACAGACAUAGAAGCCAUUCCAAGUCACCUGAAAGGUCAAAGAAAAGUCAUAAGAAAAGUAGAAGAGGCAACGAGUAAAAGAAGAAAACAAAUAUUUUUAUGUUUAAUAGCUUUUUUUUUUUGUAUAUAAUAAACUUGCAACCCAUGUCCAUGUUUUUUGUUCUGGUUUCUGCUGGAUUUUUAAUAAAUGCAUAAACCACUGAUGGUGGUCAGUAUAUAC